AUGACUCUAUACUAUGAGGCCUUUACAAAUCCUUCAUUUGUCACUAGUGAAGGCUGGACUUUAUCAAAUGCUUUAAGUACAUAUUCUGAUUGCUCUGGAACAAGAAUUUUAGGAGGGUACAAUGCCUUCGGAAGUAAAGCCAAGGCUAUGAAAUUGCUCUAAUUGCCUCCUCAUUUUAUGAUAUAUAUAACAAUGUAAUUUUGGAGAAUUGAUUCUUGGGAUAGUGAAUUUCUGUAUAUAGAUUUGGAUGGAACUUUAAGUUAUACAGCUUAAUAUGGCGUAGGACAUGUAUAAUUAUGUGGUGGUGCAUAGAGUGAUAGUAUUUACAGUUUAACAAUUACACAACCUCACGUAUUUUAGUCAGUUAUUAUCCUUUUGACAACUAAUCUUAACUCUCUUCCAAAUGAUGAAUCUUGGGGUUUUAGAGAUUUUAAACUCUAUCUUGAUUUAUGCCCUUCUGGAUGUUAAUCUUGUUAAGCUAAGGAUUAAUUUCUGGAAUGCUAAGCAUGGACUAUAGUUAGUUCAGCAUUUCUAUCAGACUAGUUAUCCUCCUUUAAAACAGAUGGAUGGUCAAUAAUAAGUGGAAUAUAAGAUAAUACAGCUUGCUCUAGUAUUCCUAUUUUUGGUGGAUAUGGUAAAUGUGGUGUGUAAUCAAUAAUCACUACGAAUAUUACUAUGCCCUAACAUUAUUUGAUUAAAAUUAGAUUUAGGAUUGCUUAUAUAGAUUCCUGGGAUAGUGAAAAUCUUUACUUUUACAUUGACGGUAAUUUAAUAUUUCAAAUAACUCAUAAACCUAUAGUAUAUGGAUUUAGAAGUUAUUGCGGUUCUGAUACUUAUGAUGAUUAUCUUCCAAAUUAUGAGAUAAGAAUGUUUCAUAGAAAGGAGAGUUUGGUUAUAGCUUUUACUUCAACACUUAACGAAGGGUUUAUGAAUGAAUCACUUGGAAUUAGAGACUUUGAAAUUUUUAUAUAUAAUUAGCAGGAUUGCGGCAAUUUAAUAAAAGAAUCACAUGAAUAAUGCGAUGACGGUAAUAUUUAUGCAUUUGAUGGAUGUUUUAAUUGUGUAUAUUCUUGUGUAGAAGGGUGUUCAAAUUGUAUGGAUGGUAUUUGUUUCGAAUGUGAUAUUGGAUGGAUAUUCUAUUUAGAUUUUAAUACUUGUAUUCCUAUUGUUGAUGAUACUUAAUUUUAAAUUUGGGAAGAAUGUGAUGAUACAUUAUAAUAUGAGAUUUGUUUAAAUGGAAAAUUCUUUUGUCCAUCAAAUUGUAAAUCUGUGUAAAUUUGGUAUUUGUUUAUAAUAUGUGAAUCUAUAUGUUAAAAUUAAUUAAUACUUAAUGAUAUAUAAUGUACUGAUUAUAAUCUCCAACCAUUUGAUAAAUGUCAUUUAUGUUAUUAUGAUCUACAAUAAGGUUGUUAAUUAUAAUCAAAUGGAUUUUGUAUCCAAUGUUUAAAUGGAUGGAUAUUCGAUAAAAAUUAAAAUAUUUGUAUACCAAUAUGUGGAGAUCUUGUUAUAUUAGGUGAUGAAUAAUGUGAUAUUAAUAAAUAUACUAAAUCAUAAUUUGGAUGUAAUUAAUGUGAAUACUAUUGUUAAGAUGAAUGUAUUGAUUGUUAAUUUGGAAAAUGUUAUGAUUGUAUUCUAGGAUGGAAAUUAAAAAAUUACUAAUGUGAAUCUGAUUGCGGAAAUAAAAUAAUUUAAGGUUAAGAAGAAUGUGAUGAUAUGAAUUCAAUUAGAUUUGAUGGAUGUAAUAAUUGUAGAAAUGAUUGUUAAAAAGAAUGUUCAUAUUGUUAAUAAGGAAUCUGUUUGGAUUGCAUAUAUGGUUGGCAUAUAACUGACCAUUUUAUUUGUGAAUCUGAAUGUGGAGAUAAUUUAAUUGCUUUAAUUUCAGAUGAAGAAUGCGAUGACAUGAAUGAAAUACCAUAUGAUGGAUGUUAUAAUUGCACUUACUAAUGUAGAUAAAACUGUAAAUUAUGUAUUAAAGGGAUAUGUUAAGAUAAGUGUGAGUCUGGAUACUAUGAAUUAGAUUAUGAAUGUUUGCCAAUUUGCGGAGAUGGUAUCAUAGUAGAAAGAGAAGAUUGCGAUGAUUAAAAUGAUGAUUAAUCUGAUGGAUGUUUUAAAUGUAAAUUUAAUUGUCCAGAUCAUUGCAAAAUAUGUGAGUAAGAACAAUGUAAUUUCUGCGAAUAAGGUUAUGAAUUAAGUCCUAUUCUAAAUUAAUGUCUAACAUAUUGUGGUAAUGGCAUGGUUUCCUAGGAAGAAGAAUGUGAUGAUAUGAAUAAAGAGGAUGGAGAUGGUUGUUCAAGAUUUUGUAAGAUUGAAAGCGAUUAUCAAUGUAGAAAUUAAAAAUACAGUUUUUCGUAAUGUACUUAUUCUAAACAACCAAGAUUCUAUCUUGAGUUUAAAGAAGAAAGAAAUUAAAAAUAAUAUGUUUCAUUAUUAUUCACUUAAUAAGUUAAGUAUUUAAAUUAAGAUUUAUAUUCCAAAUAUAUAUAAAUGAAUCUUAUUGAUUUUGACAUUAAUAUCUAUUCAUUGAAUCUGAUUAUUAAUUAAGAACCAGUUGAAUACCCAACAAGUGUUGGAUACAUAGCAGAAAUUUAAAUAAAUUAAGCUUUAUCUGUUCGUCCUUACUUAGAAGUUAUUUUAGAUGAAUAAUUAUAUAAUUCAGAAGACAAUAUACUUUUUAAUUAGUAUGAUAAAAUAUAAUUAAAAUAGCCUAGGUAUAUAGAUGAUUAAAAAUAAGAAGCAGCUGAUAGUUUAAAAAUAGCAAAUAAAUAUUUAAUGAAUUCUAUUGGAGGAAUUGGCAUACUUGCUUUUUUUCUAGGAAAUUCAUAUAUUUUCUCUAGUAUCCUAGAGGUUUUACAAUAAUAAUCUUAUCUAAGAUUUGUUAAUGUUGAAUUUCCUAUUAAUUUAUUUAUCUAUUUUGAAUCAAGUAACAUAAUAACUAUAGAACCUAUUUUACAAUUCUUUAAAGUUGAUUCCUUAAUGGCACCAAUCUUUAACUCAAUAUAUAUUGAAUCUUAUGAAAAGUUGAAAUUUUAUGAAAUUAAUGCUGAUCUAUUAACUAACAUUUAAACCUAAGUGUUUCUCAUUAUAGUCUUGAUUAUCAUUCAUUAUUUUUGUGUUUUACUUAUAAUUUUUAUUGAUGCAAACAAAAUCCAAUCAUUACUUUUAAAGAGUAAAUUUGUUUUUAAAUUACUAUUUAAAAUAAGAAGACUAUGUUGGAACUAUUAGAAAGAAUUUCGAAAGAAUGGGGUUAAGACUUUUCUAAUAGCAAAUUGUUGGGAUCUUUUUUUUACAUGCUUUUUAUAAUUGAAAUCAUCGCAAUCAUAUACCUCAUUCAGAUCCAUAAUUUGCUUAAUUUUAGCAUAUAUAAUAUUUUAUGGAUGUUUAUUAAUACUUAGAUUAUAUAUUUAAAAGAAUGAAUUAAUCAAAGAAAAUUUAUUUAGAUAUUGGAUUUCAAAAAUGGAUUUAUUUUUCACUUUGAAAAAAUUAAUUUUCAUUUUCAUUUUAGUAUGCUUCCAAAAAAAUGAGUAAAUACAAACAAUCUUAUUAACAUUAGUAUGUCAUUUAUAUCUAUUUUAUGUUAUCAAAUUCAAACCAAUCAUAAAUCAAAAAGACUAUUGUAAUUUACUUAUGAUAGAAGGAAGUGCCUUUAUUUUUACCCUAACAUCUGCUGUGUAUUGGAGCUAAUUGUCUAAUUUAUUUACAUAUGAUACACAGGUUUAAGUUGGCUGGGCACAUAUUGUAUUAUUGCUGUCCGUGUUAAUCACCAAUCUUCUUCUAUAAAUAAUUACUCUAGUUUAGGAAUUAAGAAUGUACAUAAAAAAAAGACUAUGGAAAAAUGAUUAAAAACAUUUUAUAAAUCCAAGCCCUUACCCAUUAACUAAUUUGAUGGAAUUUAAGUUUUGA